AUGUUUGGUAUAUUAGACAAAAAUACUGAAUUAACUUAUCGAAUAUUAUUGAUUAUAUGUGAAAUAUUUGGUAUAAUAAGUAUUAUAUUGGUUUCUUUAUUUUAUGCUCAAGGCCUCUAUUCUAAUUAUUAUUAUGAUUGGAAUGCAAAUCCAUUUAGUUAUCAUCCAGUAAUGAUGACAACUGGUUUAGUAUUUUGUUUUGGAAAUGCCAUACUUUUAUAUCGAACAUUAAAAUCAACACGUAAAUUAAUAGUGAAAAUUCUUCAUGCUGGUUUUCUUAUAAUAUCAUUAACUUUUGCUCUUGUUGGACUUGUUGCAAUCAUUCGAUAUAAAAUGAGUCGUAGUUCAAUACAUUUUAUAUCAUUUCAUUCAUGGCUUGGAUUAACAACACUAAUUUUAUUUUUUUUUCAAUGGAUAUUUGGUUUUGUAACUUUUUUAUUUCCAAAAUUAAGUUUAAAAAUUCGAAGUGCAUACAUGCCAACUCAUCGUCUUUGGGGAAGAAUUAUAUUUGUAUUAGCUGUAGUUACAGUUAUAGCAGGUUUAUCUGAACAUGGAUAUGGUUCAUCAUUUUUUACAACCAAUGAUGUUGAACAAAAAAGACGUUUAAUUAUAAAUUUUUUUGGUGUAUUUACAGCUUUAUUUGGUAUAUUAGUUAUUUAUUUAGUUUCAACUUCUGAUUAUCAACGACCACCUGAUGAAAAUGUUGACAAAUGA